UGGCGGAAGGAGAUGCUCUCUGGGAGCCGCGGCGGCUGACAGAAGAGUGGCGGGCGAAGAUGAUUCAGGCCAUUCUGGUUUUCAACAACCACGGGAAGCCGCGGCUGGUCCGCUUCUACCAGCGUUUCCCAGAAGAAAUCCAGCAGCAGAUUGUUCGAGAGACCUUCCAUCUAGUUCUCAAGCGGGAUGACAACAUCUGUAACUUCUUGGAGGGUGGAAGUUUGAUUGGCGGCUCUGACUACAAGCUGAUUUACCGGCACUAUGCUACCCUCUACUUUGUAUUUUGUGUGGAUUCAUCGGAGAGUGAACUUGGAAUCUUGGACCUCAUCCAGGUUUUUGUGGAGACCUUGGAUAAGUGUUUCGAAAAUGUUUGUGAAUUGGAUUUGAUCUUCCAUAUGGAUAAGGUACCUUCUCUCCCAAACCAGGUUACUAGAAAACUAAGAGCAUAG